AUGGCGGACAAUGCCGUCAAGCAAAUUACAUAUGGCAAAUGGUGGAGGGGUCUAAAGAUGCCACAUUACAGUGUUAUGGCUUUAAUGCAAGUGCCUCAUGCUAUUACUCUAAUAUUUUGUGCAUCUCUAAUGGAUAUCAUUGCCUUUUUGGUGGAAGUGGGGAGUCAUUGUACUAGAAUUGUUGUGCACGAUCAAAGUUUUCAAGGUCUCUGCAACUGCAUCCACAACCGUAAUUUAAAACACUCUGGACCAGAACAAAGACCCAAAGUGGUGGAGAGUUAA